GCUGUGACCUCCGGCUGAACCUCCGCGGCAGGAAGCACGGUGAAGCGGCCCCAGAGGCAGCGACGCCGCCGCAUAUCAGGUUUAUAGCCGUCUCUCGCUAGCCAACGCCAAACGACGUUACCGAGCUAAUGAGGACCGGGAUAGCCGACCUGUGACACCGAGGCUGCCGCUACACGGAGGCAUCGGGCCGGUGAACGGUGCUGAAGAUGCCUGGUCAACCCGAUAACUUCCAGCCCAGAAAGAGGAAGAGCAGCGCCGACAUUAGAAGCUCCAGAAAGGUUUCUGCUGCAGGCAGGAGAUGCACAAACAGUCCAAAGACACACUCGGUAGCAGAGAGCAACUCAGUCGGUUACAGUAAAGCGGCGGCGUCUCUGGAGAGGCGUUCUCGUAUCAGCUGUGAAUGCCACCAGUCUGCCGGCCGGAGGAGAUGCUCGGCGUCGCCGGAGCUGGAAGGGAAGGAAGGGAAGGAGAACGAGCAGAGGACGGGGCCGGACCUGGACGGCUACAGAGACAACAGCACCUGGGACAAACAGGAGCCUGAGCUCAUGGAAUAUGAAGAAACUGAUAAAAUCCUCUUCCCAGACGACGACAGUAACCAGAUUCUUCCUGUGGAGCAGUUCUUUGGAAACUUGGACACUGUACAGGACUUUCCUCAAAGAUCGUCAGCGACUUCUUCCCGUGUCCAGAGGGAAAAGAGGAGGCGGCAUUACUACGCGCGGGAGGACAGCGAUGAAGACGAGGAGGAGGAGGGCUUCAGCAGCAUGCAGAGAGACGGCGGGGCGGACACUUAGUGGAGAGCAGCUUCUCCGAGGACUGAGGUGGACUCAGAGUCACGCCUGUGGAAAGACUUAAAAACCUCCCAGCACUUAGGAAAAAGCAGCCAAAAGAAACGAGACAUCCGGUUGGUCCGUGUCAUCGCGCCUCUGUUAGAAGCAUGAAGGUGGUGGAAGUCGGCUGCAGUGUGAGGGAGGUGAGAACGCUGUGGCUGGAUCUGCUGUCGGCAUCACGUAGACAAGCCACCGAUAUCUGGGUACGAGCACAUUAAACCUGCGCUCAGACACCCAACAUCACAGAAAUAGAAGUUCAGCACUGGUGUUCGUAGAGGAACGUCUUGAUGUCAGACUUGGAAACGUGCAGCUUUUGACUUGAAAGGUCCUUCCAAAUGCACAUGGAUGCCAAAUAGUUUUUUGCCCAUACCAUUUGGCCUGAUACCUAAAUCAGUUGUAGCUCUUUUAUGUAGCUACAGCAGUGAACUCCACCUGUGAGCUAGUUUAUUGCUGAAUGUAUGCUCAUGUCGCCCCUAAUUUAGGUCUAGCUGAGGGGGUGCUACGAAGCUAGCACGUGGUUCCCAGUGUAAGGUCAUACAGGUGUGUUCCCACUCCGUUCACUUUCAGAGCAGCUGAUUAUUACACACAGGAGCUUCGUAAAGUCAACACGAUGGAGAAGAGGUGCAUUUAGAUCUGACAGCGUCCCAUGAUACAAAUAGUUUUUGCCAAAUCGAAGUGAAAGUGAUGCUGCUGAUUGACUGUUCUUUGAUAAACACCAGCUAUUUUCUAAUCUAGUUAUCUGCAGCCACAGCAGUCUGAACCGAGCUCAAAAACACAUCUAUCCCUUUGUCUGCAUCACCAGUGGGUUCCUAUGGUAACGUACAGUUUGCCUACAGUGUUGUUCAACUGAACAGAACUUCCAGAGCAGGCUCGCUGUGCAGCAUCUAGUGGGUCAGGAGAGAAGUUUGUGAUGUUAAAAACUUAGAUCCACAGCCCUGCUAGCCCCUGGCUUCGUAGUACCCCCCUCUGGUCUCACCUGCAGGUGGUUCUGACAAAGCACUUUAUGAGACAAGCCAGUCCAGUUUAAGAUAAGCCCCGUGAGAUGCCAAAGAGAGCUGCUUUAAAGUCGCAAGCUUCUAAAGAGAUUUUUCUUCUUCACAAAUCUAUAAAUUCUGUUUAAUAAAAAUGCAAAAGUCACGUGUGACAGUCGGCAUCGUGACCCGGUUCCAGAUGAGAGGACGGAGAACACGCCAAAGAGCAGUUCUGUAACGAGAGCGUUUAAUUACCACAAAGUCAUGGUUUCAGAUGAAUGUCAUGUCAACAGUUUAUUCAUUAGGAGUCAUUAAUCACCAAGUGUCUGGUAUUCCUCCUCAACACGCGUGUGCUCAGUUGUUUGGCAGCUUUUUUUAACAUAUGUCUGUAUAUACACAUAUCAAUGCAGCUAAUCUCUUUCCCUGAUGAGUUCACAUUUAUAAAAAUAUAUACAAAAACCAGAGUAUUGUUAAAAACACUGAAGUCUGGGAGUAAUUAGUGAAUGACUUAAUCCUGACUGAAAAUGUACUUUAAUCAUCUAACCUAGAGGUUAACAGUGAUUGCACUUUUGCUAUUCUCACCUAUUUUGUAUAAAGUUGAUUAUUCUGACCAUCCAAUCAAAUCUUUUAUAUAUAUUUUUACUGCCUUAUUUAUGCAAAUUGCUUUUCACAUCACCUAUGCAACUUUCUGACUGAGUGAAUGCUUCGUUCAUUGAGUCAUCUUUGUAAUCGAUUCGUGUAUUUUUCAUUGCCAUGCCAACAUGAAGAAUAAAUAAAUGUUUUUCAUGGUU